AAGGUGGAGAGGCUAUAAUGGUCGUCAGAACCGUAUUUAAGUCAAAUGUUUCAUGAUAACAAAAGCUGCACACAUUUAUCGCGCUUCAGCUGGAAGUUUUGCAUAGCCUGAGAGAAACUGGAGGACARGAGUCAUUGUCCUGGAUGGCCAAAUCUAAUGUAUAACAAUGGAKCAGGAACAGGUUAGGACGGAGCUGGGCCAAAUUUCUAAGCGGCUUCAGGAGGAUGGUUUGCCCCCAGAGGCGAGUGUGGAGGAGCGGCAGCGACAUCUGUGGCAGCAGCUGCUCAGCAGCGAGGCAAAGCUCCAGUCAGCCACCCAGGAGGUGCAGACGUUACGCACCCAGCAGGCCAACGAAAUGAAGGAGGUGGAAAGUUAUGUGGCGCAUAUUCGAACAUUGCUGGAGGAGCGUGAGUGUCUGACUGCAGAAUAUGAGAGGGACAACGAAGAGUUGCGACACGAACUUCACCAGAUCAAACAUCAACAAGACUCGCAGAGUAAGGAGCUGGCUGAAAUGUUGGCUCAGGAAGACCUGGGGGAGAUGGGUUUGAGCAGCCCCAGCGAGCAGGUGGCUUACCUGCUGGUGGAGAGAGCCACCCUGUUGGAAAGGCUGGAGGCUGCUGAAGGCAAACUGGAAAGUCAGAGUCUCGCUGGCAACUUUAAAGACUGCUACCACCAGGAUCACAUUUGUCAGAUGAUGGGAGCGAACCGACAGCAGCAGAGAGAGGACGUGCAGAAGACCRGUGUAGACGGCAUGACAAAGCAGUGUUCAUCCCAGAGUCCAUGGAAGAAGCUGUUUGGUCUGCACAGGUCUGGUCAGAGCAAACACAAUGUGACUCCUGCCCACAGUGAAGAGAUUUCCAGGGAUCGGGAUGAGAGGCAGCGGCUGGAGCGAGAUCUGGAGGAGGCGUCCAGGAGGCUGGCCAUGGCUCAUCAGGAUAUCCGCAGACUCACCAAUGAGCUGGAUGAAGCCAGAAACAACAAUCAAAACACUAGUGGAUGUGAGCUUCAGGGGACAGUUGAAGAAUUAGAAUUCCUGAAGACAGAAGUGGACAAACUGAAACACAGYGAUGUGAUGAAGCUGCAACAGGCCAAAGAGCAGAACGACCAACUGGAUGCUGAGAACAGGACUCUCCGGGAGAAAGUUCACAUCAUAGAGUCAGAGAAAAAAAAUCUCCUGGAUCAGCUGACAAAAAAUGAUUCAGCCAGAAAGGAUCUGAAGGACAAGAACAGUGAGUCAGUCCAAGAAAAGGCUCAACUUCACAAACGGUGUCAGGAGGCAGUGGAAGACGGACUCGUUCAGGUGAGAGAGUUGCAACGGCAACUCCAGCGGCUACGGAAGGAACAGGAAGAGCUGGAGGAGAGGAAUGAGGAGCUGGAGGCCCUGCUGGGGGAGGCUCAGAAUGCCAGCAAGGAAGACCGGCAUCGCCAUGAGGGAGAACUGGAAGGACUGCACAGAAGGAUCAAAAGCCUGGAGGCAGAGAUGAAAAAGCAGGACGCUCAAGAUAAAAUGCUGAAGAACGGCGAGGAUGUUAAACCCUCUGAGUCUUAUUUGCAGUUGCACCUCAGGGACAGCACCCAGGAGAGAAUGGCUCUGCUGGAGGCCCGCCUGACCGAGGAGAAGGAGUGGAGGAAACAGCUGGAGUUGGAUCUCAGUGCUGCCCAGACGGCACUCAAAAAGGAUAAAGAGGCUUUGCAGAUAGGUGAGCGAGAGCUAAAGAAACUGAGACUUGAGGUGAGUGGGCUUCAGACCGAAUGCCAACAAGGGAAAACACUCAUCAAAAGCUUGACUCAAGUGAAGGGAGAAAAGGCAGUUUUAGAGGAAAAGGUGGCYCAGAUGGAGCGCUCCCACAGCAGACUUCAGACCGAGCUGGACCGCUGCAAAGACAAAACCCCGACUCAGUUAGACUUUAGGGAAAACAGGUUUCACUUGGACCAGCAGGAACAGAUGGAUCGUCUGACAGCYGAACUCAGCAGCCUCCAGAAGACACACAACACUCUGAGGGAUGAGAUGGCGUCUGAACGACUGAAGACGGCUGAACUUCAAGCCGAGCUAAGCUCCACCGUGCAGAAGAAGCUCGCAGCCGAAGGGGGAAGAGAGAGACUUGAGCUGGAGAUACAACGUCUUAAUAAGGAGCUUUCACUGCAUCAAGAGCAGCUAUCCUCUGCAAAGGAGGCGCUGAGUCGCAGCCAGAAGACAGUUCUUCAAACAGAAUCGAGGCUCAGUCUUGUGCAGAACGCCAAGUUUGAGGGUUUGGAUCAGAAAGAGCUGAGUCGUCUUCAGAAUAAGCUGGAGGAGGAGCGGCAGCUGGCCUCUCAGCACCAAAUGGUGCUUCAAGCUCAGGUGAAUGAAGCCCAGGCACAUCUUAAGUCCCAAGAUUCAUUGCUGAGCCAGAAGACGGAGGAAGCUAAGCAGAUGAAACAGGACGUGCAGAGAGUUCAGAGCCUCUUUACAUCAGCUGAGAGAGAGCUGCGCUACGAGAAGGAGAAGAACAUGGAUCUGAAGAGACACAACAYGCUGCUGGAGCAGGAGAAACUCAAACUUUGUGCAGAACUGAAACAGGCCCAGCUCAAACUGGUGCAAGUGGAACAGAAAGUCCAAACUCAGGCUGCUGAGAGCGAACGGCAGCAGCAGAAGGUCCGGGAACUGGAGCUGGAGCUGGCACGCAACAGCACAAAGCGCGGCGCCGCCACCAGCAUGCAGGAGGAGUUACAGGCAGAGAGGCUACGCCUCAUUGCUGCUGACAAGAAGGUAUUGGAGCUGCAGCAGCWGCUGAAGAGCGCUCAGCACCAGCUGCGUGUAGAAGAGGCUCGGGCCGGUGAGAGCAGCCGYCUGGAGAGGGACAGCAGGGAUCUGUCUGACACUUUGGCUGCCCUGAGAGCCCAGCAGCAGGAGGAGCACAUCACCAGGAAGCUGUUGGAGCAGCGGGAAGAGGAGCUGCAGCAGCAGGUGCGCUCUCUGAGGCUGAAGGAGGCCUCUCUGAACAGGACCAACACAGAGCUCAGCCACCGGGUCCAACAGCUGGACACACGUCUGUCCCUCCUGGAGGCGGAGCUUGACAAGACAAGAGAGGAGGCAAAACUUGGCCAGAAGUCCAACCACAAACUGCAGGAGGAGCUGCUGGCCAGUCAGCAGGAGUGUGAAAGGCUGCAGGAGGAGCUUCAGCAGGUUCUCCUUCAGUUAGAUGCACGUGUCAGGAAGUACAAUGAAAAACAGAGUCAACACAGGAGCAAGCUGUCUCAGGCCAAGCAGGUUUUUCUUAAAGCAACAGCUCAGAGGGACUCCACCAUCCAGAAGCUAGAAAAUGACCUGGCACUGGCCUYCAGCCUCUCACACAAGGAGAAGGAACGGAUCAAUACGGUGAUGACUGAAAAUGAGAAGCUGCUGGAAGAAAAACGGGAGCUGCUGCGGAAGAUAAGUGAGGCAGAGGAAAUGGGCAACAGAGGCAUGAGGACGGCCUCUACAGUCCAGCACAGGGUUAAUGUCUUAGAAGUGGAGAACAGGCAGCUGCAGGACAGAACCAUGAAGCUCUCCACUCAAGUCAGCUCCUUAGAGCGAGCUCUGAGGAACGUCGAGUCGUUCUACAGCCUGGAGAAUGCCAAAAAACUGGUCACCUCCGAUGGUCUCUCUGAGGGCAUCCUACAUGCUUCCACAGUAAGUCUGACCUCAGGCUGCCGUGACCCGAACAUCCUGGACACAAUCUGCCGUGCGAAGGGGAGCAAGCACGUGGUGUUGGACAGCUCGAGGGCGUCGCUGUCCACACCGCAGCCAUCUGAGCAGGGCUACCUGAACCUCACUUCCCCACUGGUUACUCCAAACACCUCACAAGCCACGGAGGAGAGUCCUAAUAAGAGUGGCCAGGUUUGAGGGCUCAGRACUUUAGCACUUCAGUAGCCAGUAUUUGGCAGCAAGACUGCCACUUCCACUGCAGGAGAAAAAUCUAUACCCAGUGAUAAUAAAGUCAGUAAUAAUGAAAGAGUA